UACAAGAAGGCUUUUUCUGACUACUCUUCUUGCUCCAUUUCCCGACGUUCCUACUUUUCCCGAGGCGACGGCCAUGACGGCUACGUGGGAAGAGAUUCUGAAACUGUCUCAACAAUUCCAAUCCGCCCAGUUUACCCAGGUGUCGCAGAGAUUAUCAGAACGUAAUUGCAUAGAAAUCGUUGCUAAGUUGAUUGCUGAAAAACAGCUGGAUGUUGUGCAUACUCUUGAUGGGAAAGAGUAUAUCACUCCUGCACAAAUUAGUAGAGAGAUACGUGAUGAACUUCAUGUCCGUGGUGGGCGUGUAAACAUUGUUGAUUUGCAACAGGUGAUAAAUGUAGAUCUGCUGCAUAUUGAAAGUCGAGCUAAUGACAUUGUUAAAUCGGAUCGAACCAUUCAACUAGUGUUGGGACAGCUUAUAGAUGAGCGUUACCUGGAUCAAAUAGCAGAAGAAACAAAUGACAAAUUGCAAGAAACAGGCCAAGUGAAAAUAUCAGAGUUGUGCAAAACAUAUGACCUUCCAGGAGACUUCUUGAAGCAGGCAUUCUCUGUUCGUCUGGGUAAAAUCAUCCAUGGGCAAAUAGAUCAAGACAACCGAGGAGUGAUUUUUACAGAGGCAUUUGUAACUCGGCAUCGGGCACGUAUUCGUGGUCUCUUCAGUGCCAUCACAUGGCCUACAGCAGUAAUUAACCUAAUCACUCGACAUGGAUUCCAGGAACAUUUGCUUUACUCUGUGCUGGAAGACCUUGUUAAUUCUGGACGUCUAAAAGGCACAGUGGUUGGUGGGAGACAAGAUAAGGCUGUGUUUAUCCCUGACAUCUACUCCAAAACUCAAAGCAAAUGGGUGGAUUCUUUUUUCAAGCAAAAUGGUUACUUAGAGUUUGAUGCAUUGUCCAGACUUGGCAUCCCAGACCCAGUGAACUACGUAAAGAAAAGAUACAAGUCCUCUCAGCUUUUGUUUCUGAAAGCAUCUUGUGUUGGUCAGGAAAUUGUGGAUCAAGUUGAGGCCUCGGUGGAUGAAGCCAUCAGUUCUGGAACUUGGGUGGAUAUUGUGCCUCUUCUUCCAAGUUCAUUAUCCGAAGAGGAUGCUAGCAUGCUGCUUCAGCAAGUGAUGAGAUCUUUCAUUAAGCAACCUUCAUCUUUGGUCUUUGGUGAUACUAUUGUGGUCAGUGAGAAGUUUAUCAACAACUGUGCUGAUCUGUUUAACAAUCUGAUGCACCAGAAAGCUGAAAAGGAAAUGAAAAAUAAUAACCCUGUUCACUUAAUCACAGAAGAAGACCUGAAGCAGUUUUCUUUUACAGAAAAUGUAUCCUCAAGUAAAAAAGACAAAAAGGAUGAAAGAAGGAAGAAAGCAACUGAGGGCAGUGGAAGUGUGAGAGGUGGUGGCGGUUGUGGAAAUGCUAGAGAAAUCAAGAUUAAGAAAACCAAGAAAAAGGGAAGAAAGGAUGCUGAUAGUGAUGAGGAAUCACAAGCAAGUAGCACAAAUCGGAGCAGACACUUGGAAAUCCUUUUUAUGUCACAAGAAGAGAUUGAGGAUGUUUUAAGAAAACACAUAAGGGACUGCCCUGAAGAGCUGAUACUAGAACUUGCUAAUCACCUAGUAAGGCCUUUGACAAAGAGCUAUCAGGAAGUACUGCGUUCGGUGUUUAUGUCAUCAGCUUCUAAUUCAUCUGGACUGAGCAGGAAAAAGACCAUCAAAGAUUUGCAGGAAGAAGUUUCCAACGUGUAUAAUAAUGUCCGGUUAUUUGAAAAAGGAGCAAAGCAUUUUACAGAUGAAACACAAACGAACAUUGCCAAACACAUGCUGAAGACUGUUUGUACAGACCUCACUAAUCUGAUAUUUAACUUCCUUGCUGCUGAUGUAAUGAUGGCAGCAGAAGACUACACUGAUAUUACCAGUGAGGCGAGAAAGAAGAUAUUAAGUACAUUGCAUGAAGAGACGAGAGGUCCUUUAACAAAGCUCCACAUUUCUCUGAAUGGCAAGAGUCUAGAAGAAUUUGUUUCUGCUCUUGAUGCUGCAACCGAAGCUUGUGGUAUUAUGGUGAAAAGGGGGGAUAAGAAGAAAGAAAGGCAAAUCCUGUUCCAACACAGACAAGCUCUGACUGAACAGCUGAAAGUCACAGAAGAUCCAGCCCUUGUCCUCCAUCUGACAUCAGUCUUGCUGUUCCAGUUCUGUACUCAUUGCAUGCUUCACGCACCAGGAAGAUGUGUACCGCAGAUCAUUAUUUUCUUAAAUACAAAGAUCCCAGAGGAUCAGCAUUCUUCUCUUGUCAGAUACCAGGGAUUAGUAGUGAAGCAGCUGAUAAGCCAAAAUAAGAAGAUUGGGCAAGGGGAUGAUGAUUCAGUGGAUAAUAACCUGGAGGUGGAAGAGAACGUAGAAGCAAUCCGAAAAGAACUCCAGGAACUCACUGCCUCAAUCAAAGAUCUUGUUCUCCGUCCUAGAAAAUCAUCUGUAACAGAGGAAUGAUAGGCUUAAUAAAACAUAUUCAGGCUUUUUAAAGAGUCAGAGUAUUUUUAUGACAAAAAUUAAGAUGUUCACUUUGUUUAUGAUGCUUGAAAUAGCCUUGGCUUUUGAAAACUGCUUUCAGCUGCUGCUGGUGAAUUAGGAGUGUGUUUUAACUUAAGUAUUUCUUAAUACUGCUUGUUGAAUACAUUGCAAAAUAACAGCAGCAACACUUGUUUUCUACAUUUUCAAAAUAAUCUUAAAAUAGGAAGACCGAAGAAAUAUUUGUUUAAUUUUCUUUUAGUUAAGUGUUCUCAGUUAUUUAGAGGAGUUACAGCGUUAAUCUGAAGGGACAGACACGGUUACCAACGUAAAAAACCUUCUGUUGAAUCAACUUGGCUUGCAUAUUGUUACUUUAAGCUUUCAUAUUUCACGGAACUAUUUGAAACUUGACUACGCUUUUCUAUACCAAAGGAGUUUGCUAGAAUCAUAGUCGUCAUAAUAAAGUGCCAUCAAAUUGCAACUGACAGUGACCCAUCAUGGGGUUUUCAAGGCAAGAGAUGAGUAGAAUGGGUUUGCCUUUGCCACCUUCUAUGUAACAACCAUGGUGUUCCUUGGUGGCUUCUCAGCCAAGUACUGACCUAUGGCUGACUCUGCUUAGCUCUGAUGUGCUCAGGCUAGUCUGGGCUAUUCUGGUGGCUAUGUUUGCUCUGGUAAAUUAUAUUUAUUUUAUAUCUCCUUAAGAAUGCUCCUAUAUCUGCAGGAUUGUGAGCUGCCCUUAUGUGGAAUGUGUGAAAUGAGUUUAUUUUUUAUUGUCAGCAUCUAGGAUACUUGAUGUUUCCCCUCACCUUACCUAUAUAAUGGAAUCUAACUGCAGGUUUUUGUCAAGAAUUAUUUGUUAGUGGUCUGUAUGAAGGUUUAAUCGUAUUUGGAAAGAUCAAUUUAUGUCAAAAGCAAAUUUCACAUCAUUGAGAGAAAAAGUGACCAAAAUUAGGAUAGCAUCUUAGUCCAUAUAAUUGUUUUUGCAAAGAUUUCAUUUAUCAUCUUGAAUUUUUAAGAAGUUAAUUUUAAAUUUUUAAAGAUUAUUUUCAUGACUUGCAUAUGUCUGUAAUCUUAGUGCAAGAAAAAAGAUGUUUGACAAGCAGUUAAAAGUAGUUAUUUAUGAGACUCCUUGAAGGACAAGUGUGAUUUGUUGUCAUAGGCCUAUUAAGGGGACAUUUUUAAAAAGCUCAUAGCUGCUAAUUCUCAUACAUUGUUUAUUAUUUUUCUCUUGUGUUCUUUAGAGCUUCAUCAUAGUAACCAUAUCAAUGGUACCAAGUUUAAUAUUUCUGGAAGAAAAGUGUGUUAUAAGCUCUUUUAAAAAUAUUUGCUUUAUAGAGGAAAAUUGUCAAGUUAGAUGUUUGUAUUUUUCCAAAUCAAGCUCCUUUCUAUAGCUGUCACUGUUGUUUCAGUAAUUACAUGUAUUCCUUUUACAGAUGUAAAUUAAAUCUAGGUUGAAUUAUAGGCAUUUGGAUUGAAGAUAGGCAUUGCUGUUUGACACUUUCUACUAUUCUUUUUAAGCUUCUUUGCUAUAAUGAACUAGGCUUUGUAUUUUCUUCUGUAUUUAUGGUGUUGCUUACUGAUACUGGUUUUGAGGUAGAUGGUGAAAUGACAGUAUGCCAUAGUUACUGAUUCUGAAGAUGAAGAAGAACUGAACUUGAAACCAUGAUAGGAAUAGGUGCCACAGCAUGUCUAUCUUUUGGCUUCCCCCUUUCUUCUCAUUACCUCCUACACACAUCACAUCCCUCUCCAUGCUGCCCUUCCUCUUUAUUGCACUCUUCACAUUUCUCACUCUGCAUUCCUAGAUUUUUCCUCUACAUAAUCUUAUUUUGGUUUUCCAUCAGCUUGCUGAAGCCCUACCCUGCACUCACAAUCCUAGUGCCCUAGCUUUCCUUGAAACUGUUUCUCUCUUACCACUUUCCUGUUUUUUCUUUUUUUCCUGCCAAAGCAAAGACUUUGCACUGUGUUUUUAAAAAUUAUUGAAAACUUCAAUUUAGCACUGAAAAUACGGUCCCAAUAAACUUUUAAAAGUUA